AAUAAAGUAUUUACUAGACAUUCUUUAAUUACAUAGGGAACUGCAUAUGUGACUAAAAUUAACUUAAUUAGUAAUACAUCAGACACCUACAGACUAGGCUAAUCGACCUUUAAAGCAAAUUAAGGAAGCAAAAAUUUUGAUGACAUCUAUAGUGAAAAUCAAACAUGACAAUAUUUAUAAUAAACUUUGCUACCGAUGCAUUUACAUGUUAUAAUAUAUGUGAUUAGCAAUUAAUCAUCAAAACGUAUAUAAUUGAAGAGUUUACUAUGUUUCACGAGGGCAUUAUAAUUAUGAAAAUUAACGAAGAUCGGCAGAUAUUGAAAUUUUGUUAUAGCUUUAUAUUAAGUUGCCGCCGUGCGUUACAAUACAGUGUGCUCGCAGCCGUCUCGGGCGCAGUUACUAUGUACGGGCUACUACUGAUUAUAGCCAUUAUUGUGAUACUUGCGCUCUCUAUCUCUCUUUACCAGAAGAGCACUAACGCAAUAUGUCUCUCAAGAAAAAGAUUAGACGGCAAGACUGUGAUAGUGACUGGAGGCACGGCGGGAAUGGGUCUGCAGAUGGCCAUAGACCUUGCACACAGAGGAGCGAGGGUCAUCAUCGCCUGCCCUUUUGAAGACGAGGGCACCAACGCCAGGAAACAAAUUAUCGAAGAAACGGAAAACAACAAUGUGGUGUUUUUAAACCUCGAUCUCGCAUCGUUAGAAUCAGUGAGAAAGUUCGCUGCGAACAUAAUUAAAACUGAAGAUAGAUUAGACAUAUUGAUAAACAACGCCGGAGUCGGUACCCCCGGGGACUUCCUUACUCCUGACGGAAUGAACUUCACCAUGCAGGUCAACUAUUACGGAACGUUCCUACUCACUCUCCUACUCCUACCCCUUCUAAAGAAGACAGGGAAACAAGGUGAGCCAAGCAGAAUACUGACCACGGCGUCAUUUCUUCACAUGUACGGCCAAGUGGAUAUAAAGAACUUGAACAGAACCAACUAUUGGAAUGUCGUUCAGAUUUACGGAAACAGUAAGAUAUGCCUCAUUAUGUUCGCGAACGAGCUGACGAAGAGAUUGAAAGGCUCGAACGUUGUGAUCAAUAAUAUUGACCCUGGAGCAGUUGGUACAAGGAUCUUCGAUUCCACCACCAAGUUAUUGGGGCUUAUACUGACGACAGCGUGCAUCCUUUUCUUCAAGACGCCAUGGCAAGGGGCCCAGACGGCGCUGCACGUAGCUUUAGAUAAGAAGGCUGGUGAAGUGAGCGGGAAGUAUUUCAAGAAUUGUGAGAUUAGCUGGACUGUGAGGCGCGCGCAAUGCGAGAAAACCGCUUCAGCCCUAUGGGAGGAUUCUGUGAGACUAGUAAACUUAACUGAAGAUGAAUUAGAUCAGUGUUUUAAAUCCUUAUAGACCAAAUAAAUAAAUAAAUUUGAAUAGUUACUACUGAUGAAUAAACUCGGGUCUAUAUAACGCUUUAGGUAUUUAUGAAAUGUUUAUUAACCGGAUUGUGUUGGUGUUUACGAAUUAUUAAUGAUACUGGGUUGUGAUACGCACCUGCGUUAUGUGAGUAACAAUUUAUUUCAAUCAAAUGAGUAUUAUAAUAUUAUCUGAACAAUUUGAUUUGAAAUAAAUCCUCUUUAAAUAAACAGUGAUUUUGUUUUGAACCAGCGUCAAAUGAAGGAGGUUCUCAGUUCGUCUUUAUUUACGUGCAGUAGAGUGUAGUAGCGUAGCAGUCAUUUGGUAACAAUGAUUUCAUCAAAUUUGGCUCAGUUGUUUUCGUUUGACGUCGGUUGUAUGCUUUUCUUGUAAAAUACUUUGUUAUCCCUUUUACUUUGUAAACAAGAGAACAGUUUGAUGUGGAGGAAUCCGAUACUUCACGUGGAGAUAAAUGUUGUGAUGGCAAAUUUACACUUUCAUCAGUUUCUUGAAACUAGUGACUUACAAGAAG